GAGUGCGCCUGCGCUGACCUGCAGGCUUCGAGCGGACGGGGGAUCGCGACGGCGACGGUGGCGGCGGAUCGGAUCGGAUCGGAGACGGAGGAGAGCCGACGGCAGCAUGGGCAAGGAGCAGGAGCUGCUCGAAGCGGCGAGGACCGGCAACGUGGCCGUGGUGGAGAAGCUACUGAGCGGCAAACACCGGCUGUCGGCUGGCGGCGGAACCGUGUCCCUGCCUCAGCUUUCCAACCUUCUCAGUAUUUGGAGAGGGCCAAAUGUCAAUUGUGUGGAUUGCUCAGGAUAUACCCCACUACACCAUGCUGCACUAAAUGGACAAAAAGAUGUUGUUGAAACGCUGCUGAAGAAUGACGCCUCCACUAACAUUGCAGAUAAUAAAGGAUGCUAUCCACUUCAUUUGGCUGCCUGGAAAGGGGAUGCACAGAUAGUGAAACUACUUAUUCAUCAAGGACCAUCCCAUGCGAAAGUCAAUGAACAGAAUGCUAUUGAGUGCAAAGACCUCAAAAAGUAUGGCCCUUUUGACCCUUAUAUCAAUGCCAAGAACAAUGACAAUGAGACGGCCUUGCACUGUGCAGCACAGUAUGGUCACUCAGAUGUUGUAAAAGUUCUUCUUGAGGAGCUCACAGAUCCUACAAUGAGAAACAACAAAUUUGAAACUCCACUGGACCUGGCUGCAUUGUAUGGGAGGUUGGAGGUAGUGAAAAUGCUGUUAAUUGCACAUCCAAAUCUACUGGGCUGUAACACCAAGAAGCAUACACCGUUGCACUUGGCAGCAAGAAAUGGGCAAAGAGCAGUUGUGCAAGUCCUUCUGGAAGCAGGGAUGGACAUUAACUAUCAGACAGAGAAGGGCAGUGCACUUCAUGAAGCUGCAUUAUUUGGAAAGACAGAUGUGGUCCACAUACUCUUUGCAUCCGAUAUUGAUGUUAAUAUUAAAGAUGUGCGUGGGAAGUCAGCACUAGAAAUUGUGCAAGAACAUCCAGCUCAGAAGAGUAAGGAAAUAGCAAUUCUUAUUCAAGAUUAUAUAGCAGGAAAGGAAAACCUAAGGUACACAGAAAAUGCUGCUCCAGUAUCCAAAACUCACCUUUUUUCCAUUCCUGAACCAGUUGGUGAGGAACAAUUGGAACUAUGCAAGCUUAUUACAGAAUUUGAAACUCAGCAAGAAGAGGAAUGCCCAUAUGAGGCAUUGUGCAAUGCAACAUCACACACUAUUGAUGGGCCAGAAAGUUUGAAAGCACCAGAUGUGGAAACGGGUUCAGUCCCUGAAUUAAUGAUGGAUUCAGAUGUGAAUGACUCUCCAGAAGAGUGGGAAGAGGAUGAGAAUCCCUAUGAACUUCUAUUGACUGCGGCGACAAAGAAACACACCCAGUUGGACUGCCAACAUAAAGGAGAAAAUACAGAUGAGAAGGCUGGGCCUGCUUCUGCAUCUCCUGAAGUGGCACCAAAACCUAGUCGGAUAUUCACCUCUUCGCAGGAUACACCUAUGCCUGCAUCAAAUGCUGAUCAUUCAGUCAAGAGUCAAGAGAUCAGCAUCCCAUCCAAGCCACAUUACAGUAAAGCAAACUUAGCACUCGACCUAAAGCCCUCAUCUAUUAUUGUAACCCCAGGUCACACGAAAAGUGAGAUUACAUCUCAGGAUGUCAACAUUCCUGAACAAUUUUCGGGGCUUUUACAUGGGUCACCUCCAAUCUGUGAGAUUCAAGAGGAUCCAGUCACACUGCUUGCUGCUCUGAGCAAAGGGGGAGUGGAAACUGAAGCGAUGCAAAUCGGAGAGUUGCCAGAGAGUCAACAUUGUGCAACAGGGCAAGCCGAGAAUGCUGGCAUUAAGAACUCCGCUACAGCUACAGCAGAUACUGUUGAGCAAAAAGAGCAGCAGGCAAUCUAUAGUAACCUUCGUACCAUCAACCAGACGAACCCAGACAUUUUAAUAAGCUCCAAGCCUGCCCAAAAUAAAGACAUUUUAUUUGGCAAGGGAGUAGAAAAACAGACAUGUACUUUGGGGAGAGUGCGGUCGAGUGGAAAGGAUAAAGUGGACCUUAAAUUGGCAAGAAGCUUGUCCAAAUCGGAUUCGGAGCUCAUUACCCGUUCUCCAUCUGAGGAGGAUAUGCUGGGAAGUCGCAGUGAGUCUCUUUCGAAUUGCAGUUCAGUGAAGAAACGGCUAGAAAAAUCACCAUCCUUUCAGUCGGAAUGGGAGGAGCGGAAACCACUACUUCCGUUGCCUAAUGCUCGCAGAAGUCAAUCUUUGUCCAGUAUUGAAAAAAUAAUGAAUUCCAUUGGUGCAGGAAUUGACAGUGACUUCAGAAAAGAAUGGCACAAUACUUCAGGUUCACGGAUAUUGGAGCAGAGUGUUGGGCAAUGGCUUGAGUCCAUUGGAAUGCCACAGUAUGAAAGCAAGCUAGUGCUGAAUGGGUUUGAUGAUCUGCGCUUCAUGGGGUCUAAAGUAAUGGAAGAGCAGGAUUUGAGAGAACUUGGAAUUCAUGAAGUAGGGCAUCGACGAAAAAUUCUUCAAGCUGCACGUUCUCUACCAAAGAUUAAGCCAUUUGGUUUUGAUGGAAAUAGCAAUACUUCACUUGUAGCAUGGUUGGAAUCUCUUGGACUACAGACUUACAAUCAGAACUUUCUGUCCAAUGGCUACAAUUCGAUGGAUUGUGUGAAAAACCUUUGGGAACCAGAAAUUAUAAAUGUUUUGAAAAUAACCUUACCAGGUCAUCGAAAGCGAAUUUUAGCUUCUCUUGGUGAACGGCCCAAUGAAGAACCACCUCAGAAACCACCGCGCACUUCCCAACUGAAGGAAGAUCGACGUGAGUCUCGAAUAACACUUCGCCCGCCUAGUUUAGCAACACCGUAUUCUCCCGUUCAGAAUUGGCAACACCAGCCAGAGAAGCUUAUCUUUGAGUCUUGUGGCUAUGAAGCGAAUUAUUUGGGCUCUAUGCUUAUUAAAGACUUAAAGGGGACCGAAUCAACCCAGGAUGCAUGUGCGAAGAUGAGGAAAUCUACCGAACAAAUGAAAAAGAUACCAACUAUUUUCCUCUCCAUCACUUACAAAGGUGUAAAAUUCAUUGAUGCGUUUAACAAGAAUAUCAUUGCUGAGCACGAAAUCCGCAAUAUUUCCUGUGCUGCCCAGGAUCCUGAAGAUCUUUGCACAUUUGCUUACAUCACUAAAGAUCUCCAAACAAAUCAUCACUAUUGCCACGUUUUCAGCACGCUUGAUGUAAAUUUAACAUAUGAAAUAAUCCUUACGCUGGGACAGGCAUUUGAAGUUGCCUACCAACUUGCACUGCAAGCUCAGAAACCUACUCAGACGUCCCUUUCCAUGGCUGAAGCAGAGUCUGCGGACGUGAGGACAUCUAAACCAGUCCCUAAACCACGAUCCAGCAUGAGAAAAUCUGCUGUGCAGCCACUUAAUAGCAGAUGCUGUUACUGUCACACGUGCACUACUCACAGGCCUUCGCUUCCACCUCUACCGCUGCAUUCGUUCAGCAAAGGAGUCCAGAUUGACAACAUUGAUCAAGAAUCUCAAUCACACGGUGCUGUGGCAUGGAUAGCUGACUCCAAGCAGGAUUCCAAGAGGACAAUUAGUACAAACUGAAACCCUGGGGUGAGUGUAUGUUUACUGGAAAUGUGGCAAUGGGUGACAGAUCAUCUUGAGGGAAUCCUGAAACCAUCUGAGAAGCAACAGAGCACAUCCGACAGAACAUGAAACUGAAGUUGACCUGUGCGGCAGUGGCUUCAAACAUUCUUUAUCAUAGCACAACAUAGGAAAUGCAAUUAUAGAACUUCCCUAACAAGUGCUUCAAUGCCUUCAAGAGAUUUAGUCAUUUAACCAAAGAAGAUUUAUUGCAAACAACACAAUCUUGCCCUUUGUGAGAAAGAUCAGUGGAGCAAUCAUCUUCAGUAUGGUUUGAGCUGGUUUAUUUUAUUCACCAGCAAGUGGAGAUGUGUAUUGUCCCCAGCGCCUUACUACAUAAACUGUGAGAAACAUGAUUUUGUUUAUUACGUUGAAUAUAUUUUCAUUAAAUCAUUUUUUAAUUGUCCAUUAUUUUCUGCAACCCUUCCCCAUCGCAGAAUGUAAAUCUGAUUAAGAUCACUGGAUUCCUCAGUUCUAACCCAAAGCAAUUGUAGCAUAUUAAAGAGCAUUACCUUCUUUCUGAAGUUGUAUUCUGUAAAAUAAUCCAUCGUUUUAGUGGCAGGCACCUCAAAUACUUUGCCAUACUCCCAAAUCAUAUCUGACCUGCUAGCAUCAUUAACCUCAUUCACAGAUGGAAGUUGUUGUUUGAUCAAAAUAUUAAGUGUGUGAAAGUAUGGUGGAUUUUGCUUCAGUAGCUUUGUUGUAUUUUAAACCAUGAUCCUGCACUUGAAUGAAGCAGAAAGAUGCCAGGAAAUAUCGUCAUGCUUUGAAUUUACUGGAAAGGAUUUCACUCAGAUCUUCUGUCAUACAGCAAAACGGAAUCCUUAUCGGCCUAUGCAAUAUUAAUUUACAUGUUUUAAGAAACCCCAUUUUUAUGUCUGGUUCUUGGCGUUCAAUGUGUUUGAAAAUGUCACAACAUGAAUUUUAAAGGAAACAAUGGAGCUGAGAUUCUUGGCAUAUGAAAAGCUGUCAUAUCUGUUUCAUUUUUACAGGACUACUACAGUAAAGGAGGGUGAAAUAUAUAAAAGCACGAUUGCAGAACUUAAAUAUUAUUACUAUUAUUUUGAGUUAUGAUGUAGCACAAAAGGAUGAAAUCCAGAUAAUUACAGUCUUUUAUGUAAUUCAUUAGGUAUAUUGACUAAAUCCUGUUAAGCAUAAUUAUGUAGAAAAAUAAUUAUUAGUAAACUUACAAGCCCCCUUCCUGGGCUUCAACAGUGACAAAUCAGUAUUUAAAUCGAACUUUAAUUAAUUAUCUUUGGUUCAUUCCCAUUUCCACCUAUGAACUUUAAAAAAAAAUAAUUGGGAUUCUUUGUGACAUAUUUUCCAUUAUAUGAAAACUACAAAGGCCAAAAUUAUAGAUAAGGUGGGGAAGUGGUUGCUUCUGUGAUCAUUGCUUCUGCAAUGAUGGAACAUUCCAGCAUUCUGUACAGCACCAUAUUUUGGUCAUGUCAAGAUGCAAGCAGUGCCAAUAAUAAGUGAAUUUGAGCAGCGGGCAACACUGGAUUGCAAUCAGCAGGUAGUACUGAAAGAUUCAACAAAUGUAGUGCAAUGUAACAUCAGGAUUGUUGGAUAAUUCCAAUAAGCAAACAAUUACUAAUUCAUGCUUAGCAGGUCAUAAUGCCAUGAAAUGGCUUUUGAAUCAAAAGAGUUGGCCAGUGAAGAGGUUUUUUAAGUAUUCAAAUGAUGUACAAAUGUCUAAGCAGCAGUAUUUUUAACCGAACUUGGCUGCAAAAAUAACGAGGGUUUUUGGUCAAAACCCAUUGAUUAAUAAUGAACAGAUAACCUCUUUUGUCGAGAUUUUUAAUUGAUAUUCUCCAUGAUGUCUUGAUUGUUUUGAUUAACAGUAAUAAUCUCAGUAAAAGUGCACUAAUGGGCAAGGGAAAAACAGCUGCUUCACUAAUUUGAGUCUCAAUUUGACUAUUGUUUUACUAUUGUAAAAUUGUUUUAAGAUUUAUUUGUACUUGGUCAAGGGCUGUGAAUGCUGUGUAGACACUAAGCAGGGCUUACUAGUGUAUAUCUUGUUCUGAAUUGUAGACAUUUCUGAUGGUUAGCAUUGGAUCUAUAUGUAUUGAUGGAUGUUUAUUAAUUUUCUAGUUCUGUAUUGCAGUACUUGAAAGACAUAUAUUUCUAUGUACAUAAAUGUAGAUUCAUGAGCAAAUGUUACAACUGGACACAUCAUGGUACCAAACACUAGGAUUAUUGUGCAAAAAAAUAGACUGACCUCAUAACAAAACAAGUUUGUAAAUUUACAUGGGCUUCCAGUCUGUUUUUGUUAAUUUUUUUGCCCUUAUUUGUACAAUUGGAUAUCAAUGAAUAAACAGAUCCUGAUUAAC